AUGGUCCAAAAGAAGCCCACCACAGCCAGCACGGCCACCAAGUCCAGCGGGCCCUCAAAGCUCACCACCCCCUCCGCCACCCCGCUGCUGACAUCCGCCUUCUCGCCCGCGCACCUGCGCCUGUCGCUCUUCGCCUCGACGAUCCUGGGCCUCGACGCCGUGCGGCUGCGCAUCCACGACACAGUCACCGGCCGUCUGCGCUGCGAGCACGCGCUCGACAAGGGCGUGUCCGUCAACUCGCUCGCCUGGGGCACCGUCCCCAGCGCCGCCGCCGCGGCGGCCGCCGGCGCAAAGAAGAAGCGCAAGAGGGUCGACGGCGGCGGCGCCGAGGAGGCGGCGGUGGUGGUUGCGGCGGCGACGAGUAGAGGGGAGGUGCUGCUGUUCUCGCCGAGUGAGGGCGUGGUGGUCGGCGUGCUGGAGGGAGGCCAUAUUGGGGAGGUGAGGCAGUUUGUGUUUUCGGGGGAGAAGGAGGAGGGGAGGGGGUGGAGUUGUGGGGUUGAUGCGAAGCUGGUUGAGUGGGAUCUGAGGAGGAGGCUGCAGAUGAGAACAAUCAACCUCCCCGACGCCGCCAUCCGCCGCCUCGCCUACGCGCCGCCCGCCGCCGUGCUCUGCGCCUCGCACACAACCUACGCCAUCAACCACCACAACCCGGGCAUGACCGCACCCGCAAAGUUCACCGCCAACACCACGCCCAUCCACACCCUCGCCACCUCGCCCGACCACACGCGCUUCCUCUCCGCCGCCGACUCGGACCGCUUCAUCAACGUCUUCGCCCUCGCCGGGUCCAGGAGCAUCGGCGCCCUCGUCGCCGAAGCCGACGUCACAUCCAUCGCCGUCUGCCCCACCGCCGACCUCCUCCUCGCCGUCACCACCGACGGCCUCGUCGAGCUCUUCACCGCCCCCUUCGACCCCGCGGGCGCCGCCGACGCCGCGGCAUCCCCAACCGCCGCCAGGAAGCGCAAGGCGCUCACCAAGAAGGGCGCCGCCAAGGUGACGGUGGUCCGCCCCGGCAGCAAGGAGCGCGUGGCGAUCGCGGACGCUUCGGUCCAGGGCGACGACAUCGUCGUUGCCUGGGUCGAGAGCGGCGUCAACAUGGAGUUCGAGAAGCUCCGCUGGGCCAGCGCCGAGUCGGGGUCUUUGGUCCUGACCGGCACGGUCGAGAUUGCGCGCACGAGCACCGUCCGUGUCGGCGGUGGUGGCGCGGCGACUGGCUCGACGCUGAACGGCGUCAAGGACCUGGGGAAGGCCUCGGUCGACGAGAGUAAGUCUGUCGUUGUCGGCGGCACCGACGCGCAGGACAUCGGCAUGGAAGACGCGCCCAGCGACGCCGACGACCUCGACCUCUCAUCCGACGAAGACGCCGCCGCCGCCGCCCCCGCCGCCGCCGACGAGCCCUCCUUCGCCGAGAAGUUCCAAGCCCUCGAAGUCAAGACCCUCCACAGCACCGCGCUCACCACCACCGCCGCCUCCACCGCCGCCACCACCAUCAAGAAGCCCACCGCCCCCGCCGCCGGCUCCCUCACCACCGUCCUCACGCAAGCCCUCAAAACGCACGACACCCAGCUGCUCGAGUCCUGCCUGCACGUCACGGACUCGCCCUCCAUCAUCGCGACCGUGCGCCGCCUCAGCUCGACCCUCGCCGUGGACCUGCUCGAGCGCCUCGCGGAGCGCAUCGCGCGCCGCCCCGGCCGCGCCGGGUCCCUCGGCGUGUGGGUGCGCUGGACGCUCGUCGCGCAUGGCGGGUAUCUCGUCUCGCUGCCGGACCUCAUGAGUACGCUGGCGGGCCUGUAUUCGACGCUGAAUAGUAGGGCGGGCGCGCUGCCGAGGCUGCUGGCGCUGCAGGGGAGGCUGGAUAUGUUGAGGGCGCAGGUGGAUCUGAGGAAGGUGAUGAGGGGCGAUGAGGAGGUGGAGGAGGAGGAGGAGAGGGGCGUGCUGUAUGUGGAGGGGCAGGAUGAUGGGGAGGAGUCGGAUGAGGAGCCGGAGGAGGUGGGGAUGCAGGGGUUGGUGAUUGAGGAUGCGAGCUUUAUUGGGGGGAAGGUGGGGGGUGAGGAGGAUGUGGAGGAGGAGGAGGAGGAGGAGGAGGAGGAGGAGGAGGAGGAGGAGGAAGAGGAGGAUGACGAGGAAGAUGAAGAUGAAGAUGAGGAAGAGGAGAAGGGCUUCUUCGAUAUCGAGGCCAGCGAGGCCAGCGAGGACGAGGACGAGGACGAAGUGGACUACGACGACGUCGACGUCCAGGUCCUGGACUCGGAGGAGGAGGAGGAAGAGCAGCAGAGAAAGUCUGCAAAGUCCAAGAGCAAGAGCAGACGGUGA